AUGGGCGAUCGGAUCAGGACGCCCGCAAGCUUGAGCUUCGACUCGGUAAGGCUGAACGAUCUCUCCGAUGAUUACGGAUUUGGUGAUGAUCCCGAUACUACGGUGAUUGGUUACGAUGAUGUUGAAGAAGCUCAAGAAGCUGGAUCUGGUCCUAUGCCGGAUGAGAAUUCACAUACACUAUCGGUAAGCGCAGAUGGCGAAGUCAGUGACACAGACAGUCAACGAACCGUGGACCGAAUCUCGAUGGGAUCGAAUGAUUCAAAGGAAGCAUCAACCAGUAAACUUGGCGUUCUCUUCGAUAAAGCUAAAUUAAAAGGUAAAAAAUUGUUGACGAAAAAGGACAAGGAUCGGCCAAAAUCGUCAGGAGUUGCAGAAACAGCUGCACAAUGUAUUAUCAUCAAUCCACCCUCUAGUAUGCUUGUUUGUGAAAAUGACAAGAAGAUCCAAGCAGAGGCCCCGAAGGAUUCUUCACAAGAUUCAUCCGUGGUUUAUUCGUUGACUCGGCGUUAUCGCAAUAUGCCGUUUUUUAAAUAUCGGUUAAUGCUUUUGGGCGCAUUGCUUUCGCUUACGAUUGUUUUUCCAGGUUUCAUAACUGGUUUGCUUUGGGGACUAUAUCUAUCAUUUAUUGGAUUUCUCUACUUGUUUGUAUCUGAACCUCGUCCUACGAUCCAACGUCGUCCAUCUCUUACGGAUCUGCUAGAACCAGAAACGGUUGAUAAUCGGCUGGAGCAAGCCUGUGAAGUUAGUAAUGGCGAGGGAAACGCAUUAGGUGUUGGAGAAGGUGUAAUUUAUCGGGGUUGGAUGAAUGAACUCAAAGGUAGAUAUUCACCUGCAACAUACCAUGUCAACAAUGCCCAGUCUGUGCUCGUUCGACUAGAGGGUUCCAUAUUACGAAUAUCACGACCAGCAAAAGCUGUUUUGAAGCAUGCAUUUCAUGAAGAUCCUACGCUCACUCAACCUCAGCCUACCAUGGUUUCUCAGACCAUCUAUAGCCUCGAUGGGGCCCGAGUAUCUCUCCGCCCAAAACGUUUGGCGAAACGGCGCUGGUGGAGUCGGAAGUACCCCAUCCACAUCAAAUUCGCUCGGAAGCCAGGAGAUGUUGAUUUAUCGAAGCCAUUGUCAAGAUCUGUCUCCAUGCAUCCGGUGGAAUCAGCUCCUGAUUGCUUACCGUUGUUGGCCGAAGCUGCUUCAUCCGUGGAUGAGGGUUACACAGCUGAGACAGACACAAGUGAAAGCGACACCGAACAGGAGGGUUCACGUCUGGGACGUGCGAACUCCUUAAGCGAUAUGCCAGACUUCAUCAGCGUGACUGAAGGUGCUCCACGACCAUACAAAGGGCGAUCGAUUUACUUGUUUGUUAGAGCUGCUCGCGAGAAAGAACGAUGGUUCCAUUUACUCCGAGAAGCUUGUGCACAAUCUCAUGAUGUCGUGAGGCCGUUGGCGAAGAGAAGCACAAGUGAAGUAGGCGUCAAAUCUAAUGGCGAUAUUUCUUCUACACCUUCAAGGCAAUCCACACCAGUAUUUGAGGAUGCCAUCUAUAGAAGGAUACAUAGGCAGUUUACAGAGCAAAUAUCAUUGAUUCAUGGUUGUGGCUUCUCACCACCUGAACGUGGAUCCACUGUUUCCUUAGAUCUAGGCACAGUAAAAUGGAAACCGGGUAACCCCGAGGAGAACUCGGAUCUUGUCGAAUCGAUAAAUUCCCUUGGGACUAGGAUAUUUUUUGAUUUUUGUCGUGAUGAAUUUUGGGCAAACCAAGUAAAACAAAAGAUCCAAAGCAAGCUGGCAACAAUCCACCUGCCGUAUUUCAUCGAGAAACUCGAGUUGUCAUCACUUAGCCUUGGAACGACUGCACCACGCAUUGUGGGCGUUUACACCUCGAAACUGAAUGAAUGGGGAAUUUGGGUCGAUUUGGAGAUGAAGUACGGUGGUGGGAUUCGGUUGGUGCUUCAAACAAGUGUGAAUCUUUUGAAACUUCAAAGUGGUGCAUCAAGGGUGGAAACAGAACGGAAAUUAUCUCGCAUCACUGAUGCAAUGACAAUGAAUGUGUCCCAUUAUUCAGACGAAGAAUUGCCGGAAAGCCCAGAAAGUAGUCCUGAUGAAGAUUUCGGAGCUAAAAAUAAUUUGGAAGGUACAACCACUAGGGAGAGAACAGGCAAGAAAAUAAUCUCCAUGGUUGAACGUGCAGCACAGAGCAGCUUCUUCCAGAAAGCCGCUAAAUUGCCAAAGGUCGCCAAGUUAAUAGAGGAUGUCUCAUCUACACCUUUGAUCCUAAAUGUUGAAGUAGAAACGCUCGAAGGACCAAUCACAGUUAAUAUUCCACCGCCUCCAUCUGACAGAUUAUGGUAUGCUUUCCGCCGACCGCCGUUAGCUUCAAUUCGAGCCGUUCCACAAGUCGGUGACAGAUCAGUUGAUAUGUCAACCGUAUCCGACUGGAUUGAGUCAAAACUUCGCCUUCUCAUAGAAAAGAACCUGGUAUGCCCGAAUAUGGACGACAUAGUUCUUCCUGUCAUGUCUGGAAAUGAUCUUCUGCGUAAGGAUAAUCUGGCUCCCAUUGAAUUCACUUAUUCAGGAGAUUCAUCGUUAAGCCCUUGCUGA